GCGUACUGCGUACUGCGUAUCGCGACGAGUGACUCAAAUCAAUAGCUUCUACGGCUGGUUCUCAGCAUAUUCUGGUGUAUAAAUGACGGGUGUAUUUAUUUCCUUCUCACUAAGGAAACAAGUUUGGACAUUAUUUUCGACUAUCGCUAAAGCCCCCAGAUCCAGAACACAUCAUCACUCUAUUGCAGCAUGCCUAGGGUCGAACUUGAGUACCCCAAGGAGGCCGUGAAUUCGGUGAAGCGAUCGAGUGAUCGAGGGGUCUAUGCCCUCAGGACGAUCCAUCAGAUCAUCAACUCCUCCAGGCUCGUCCAUGUCUCCUUCAACGUGCCCGACUCGCCGUUUCCGGUGACCCUCCCGAUGAUCGGGCAGAUGGGCUCCUUUGCGCGACCCAGCGCCGACGAGGGCGACGUGCUCGACCUUUACCUGCACGGCUACGUAUCCGCGCGCAUGACGAAUCUCUCGCGGAAGGGCACUUCGGACGGCCAAGAGGACGGGGCCGGCGGCAUCCCUGUCUGCAUAUCGGCUAGCCACGUCGACGGCCUCGUGCUCGCCCUAUCGCCCUUUGCUUCUAGCUACAACUACCGCUCUGCUGUGCUCUUUGGCUAUGCGGUACUCGUAUCUGACGAGGAGGAGCGGCUAUAUGCCAUGGAACUCAUAACGGACUCGGUCGUCCCAGGUCGCUGGCGCGACGCCCGCGGGCCACCCACGCCGGCCGAGCUACAGAGCACGAGCAUCCUCCGCGUCAGGGUGAAGUCGGGCAGCGCAAAGGUGCGAGUGGGCGAGCCGCACGACGAGGCCCGCGACACGGCCGACGCGGAGCUCUGCGCCCGGGUCUGGUCCGGCGUCGUGCCAGUCCACGAGACCUUCGGUGAGCCAAUCCCGGGACCUUCCAACAGCCGGGCGGUGCCGACCUACAUCAGGGAUUAUGUGAAAGACACCAACGAGGUCUCUGCCGAAACUGCCGUGCAAGCAGCAGUUGAGCCUCUGAAGAAGGAAAAGGCAAAAGAAUCCGAUGAUUGAGGCGAGGUGACACAACGUAGUUCAGCUCCCAAGCAUGUAAUAGGCAGGUAUUUAAAACCGAUGGGCAUAUGAGAAGGGAAUGAAAUGCUCCAAAUUACCAACCCCGAGCAUGCAUUCUUUACAUGUACAAAAAGAAGCAAGAGGCCAAGAAGCUACAAGAAGAAAGAGCGCACUUGGCGCUUCUGAGGGCUGAAACCCAUGAUUGCCAAUGCCUUGUUGCGGCGAACGAAAGAUACACCCCGCGAAUCCUC